CAACGUAACACAACACAACACGCAUCAGAAUGGCAACGAUUAAGAAUGAAAAUAUACAAAUAAGUGAUAAUGGUGGACCAAAGACGAAGACGACGGUGGCCGCCGCCGUCGCAGCAGCUGCCGCACUAAUACAUCCACUAGCGCCGAUGGCAACGGCGGUGACGAUGACGAUGGGCACCCCUCUCGAGGUGCGAGACGAGACGUCCCAAAACGAAAAAUCAGUUCACUCGCAGCCAUCACAGUCGUCAAACAGCUCGGGAGGAUUACGCGCGUGGUUCCGCAAAUCGAACACUUGUGGCAGUUUGUACGUGAAGUGUAGCUGUAGUAACGAAGUCUCGUCGAGUGGAUCGCCGGUAUCGGGGGCAGCGCCAGGGGACGGAACUGCCAAAGGCAUCGCUAGCUCACGGCACAGUCAGCAUCAUCGCACUAGGCCCAUUUCGACCUCAGAGAAGGACAUUCGGAAGAUUAAGGUUUUGCAUGCGUUCUCUCAUCCGGACACGACUACCGUGUUUACCGAUGAAAACAAAUACGCGAAUAACAUCAGCGAAUCGCCGACGCGAGCUCUGAUAACGUCCGCCCAAUCCGGGGAGUUCGAAAUCCUCCAUUCGACACAUUCCAAGCGGCUGUCAACGCCGAACUUUAGCACCGACUGUGCCGCUUUUCAUCCGGAAUUUGUGCUCAAGAAGGUUUCACCGAGAUCCAACGGACUCAGUCAGGAGGGACAGACACCCUCCAUCAGCAUUCCAUCGUCGAGGAGGGCGGUUCUGAAGAAAAGCUCCAAGAGUUACCCGGGAUUGUCCCCUUCCAGAAGUAGCGUAGACUCGAUCGGCACAUCCCUAGCGCACAAUCAUUCCGCCUCUUCCAGUGUAGACGAAGUCACCGAAGAGGAAGAGCUCGGAACCCGCCGAAGUAGUGAAGAGCUAGCCAGUUCUCAGGACUUGUCGUACAUAUCGUUUAGUGCAAACACAGAACCACCUCGGGAAUCGUUUAGCAAUAGCAAUAUCCGGCAACUUUCGCUCAAAUAUGCCGGCAUCAGUGGCAGUACAAACAACGACCAGGAAGUCGAUAAACCUCUAACAAAGCCUGAAGACAUCGUCAGUGAAUGUGACGUUCAGUUGCAGGAAAACAAUUGCAAUAAGAAUAACCAAUGCUGUAGUGACAGUGCUUGUGAUAGUGACAAUUCUAGUAAUCCUAGCAAUAGCUCCGGGAGCAGUCCCAAAAGUCCCCCAUCUUUGCUGCAGCAGUUGACUCGGGUACUUGGCUCCCCAGCACCGAGAUCUGUGACCACAUCGCCACCGCAGGCGGUAGUUGAUCGCUCGGCGCAGGAAUUCUUCAUCCAGUCGGGCAUUCUCGGACCAAUGGGCAAUGGAUCGUCGGUGCUUAUGCGAAAGACCUCCAAGAUCGUGCCGAACGUGGAUGGACCGGUCAAGGAGAGGAUUCGCAAAAACUCCAAAAUGCUGUUCGGCAAACGCACGAACCUGCUGGGCAACGAUCGGCGCAAGUCCAUCCCACCGGAAAACAACUGUGAUAGUUUCCAAUCGUACGGAAGCACACCGACUCUCGGCAGUGGCACCAAGAGCAAAACGCUCGAAGACGAAAUCCACUACCUACGACAACAGCUCAAAGCUCGCGAUGAGGAAAUCAGUAAACUCAAACGGGAGAUCGAUAAGCUGAAGAGCGUACUCCAGCAGACGGCAACGAGCAGUUUAGACCGGUCACAGUAUGCUGGAGGAGGUGGAGGAGGCGGAGGAGGAGGAGGAGGAGGUGGUCCGGGUACAAUGGCACCCAUGUCCAGUCCCAAGGUACAACAGCAAACGGUCGAGGGCGAUUUGCUGUCCAGUAUUCAGACGAACUACGUAAUGGCCGGACAGCAGCUUCUCAUGUCCGAAUUGUACGGCAUAACAGGCAAGGGCUUCAAACUGUCCCCUUCGAGCAAUACGGCCGGAAUCGGAACCAACGAUGGUUCUUUCCGGUCUAACAAAGGGGUCACGCUGAUGGCCAUGAAGAAACAGGGUGUUUCCGGUGAGAGUUGCGAAUUGAUGGGCAGCCAUUCGGACAUCAAGAUUCCGAAAUACGAAAAAGACUACAGUGCGAAGCAGCUCAUUAAGGAUGCCAUUCUGGAGAAUGACUUCUUCAAGAACAUCGACUCGCUGCAGAUUCGCGAAAUCGUCGACUCGAUGUACAGUCGCGAGUUCCGUGCCGGGGAGUACGUGAUCCACGAGGGACAGGCCGGAUCGCAUCUGUACGUUUCGGCUGCCGGAGAGUUCGAGGUGCUCAAGGACGACAAGUUCCUCGGAUUGAUGGGCCCCGGGAAGGCGUUCGGCGAACUGGCCAUCCUGUACAAUUGCACCCGCACGGCUUCGAUUCGAGUGCUAAGCGACUCGCGGGUGUGGGUGUUGGACCGACGGGUCUUCCAGCAGAUAAUGAUGCGAACCGGGAUGCAACGGAUAGAGGAGAAUGUCAACUUUCUUCGGUCGGUGCCGUUGCUGAAGAAUCUGAGUAAUGACGUACUUACCAAGAUUGCCGACGUGCUGGAAGUGGAAUUCUACCCAGCGGGAGCGUAUAUUAUCCGCCAGGGAGCAGCCGGUGAUUCAUUCUUCCUCAUCAGCCAAGGCACGGUGAAGGUGACCCAACGUUUACCAGGAUGCUCCAUCGAGGAGGAGAUACGAAUCCUCGGCCGUGGGGAGUACUUUGGCGAGAAGGCCCUCAUCAAGGAGGACAAACGGACGGCCAACAUCAUAGCAAUGUCACCGGGAGUGGAGUGCCUCACGUUGGACCGAGAGUCCUUCACCAAACACAUUGGGGAUUUGUGCGAACUGCACGAGAAGGACUAUGGCGACGAGCAGCGGGUGCUGGCGUUCCGCAAUUUGGAAAAUAACAACCUUCCGUCGUCGUUGGAUGCAGUUAAACCCGAACUGAUGGACGUGGAGAUGUCCGAUCUGAAUGUAGUUGGAACGCUGGGAGUGGGUGGAUUCGGACGAGUGGAACUAGUCAAACUGGAGCGAAAUGGAGUGGUGCAGGUGUUUGCUCUGAAGUGCAUGAAAAAGAAGCAUAUCGUUGACACCAAACAGCAGGAGCACGUAUUUAGCGAGAGGAAGAUUAUGCUUGCUUGCCACAGUCCGUUCAUCUGUCGAUUGUACCGGACCUAUCGGGAUGAUAAGUUCGUAUAUAUGCUGCUGGAGGCUUGCCUGGGUGGGGAGGUUUGGACGAUUCUCCGGGAUAGGUCCAGCUUCGAGGAUGGAACGACAAAAUUCAUCGUCGGCUGUGUGCUGAAGGCAUUUGAAUUUCUGCACGUGCGGGGGAUCGUGUACCGAGAUCUGAAACCGGAAAAUCUGCUGCUUGACUCGAGAGGAUAUGUGAAAUUGGUUGACUUUGGGUUUGCCAAAUUCAUCGGCUACAGCAACAAGACGUGGACCUUCUGCGGAACGCCGGAAUACGUGGCACCGGAGAUAGUGCUGAACAGAGGUCACGACCGCUCGGUGGACUACUGGGCGUUGGGAGUGUUGAUCCACGAGCUGCUGACGGGGAUACCUCCAUUCACCGCAGCCGACCCGAUGAAAACGUACAACAUCAUUUUGAAGGGCAUCGACAUGGUCAACUUCCCGAAACACAUGUCCCGUGGGGCGGUCAGCCUGAUCAAACGACUCUGCCGGGAUGUUCCCUCCGAACGAUUGGGCUACCAACGGGGUGGCAUUCAGGAUAUUAAGAAACACAAAUGGUUCCAAGGCUUCGACUGGGAGGGUCUAGCAAACCAAACGCUCAAAUCUCCCUUGCUACCGAAACUGAGGGGACCGCUUGAUUUGUCUAACUUUGACAUAUUCCCUGAGGACACGCACAUCCCGCCGGAUGAACUGUCCGGAUGGGAUGGAGAUUUCUAAACGCACCAAGCAAAACAAAAUCGAUGAGCAAUAAUAGCGCGACGAUGACGCAACACGCAGUAAAUGAUGAGCUUUAUCCAAAUUUUCUAGUGAAAUAGUGAUCAGUAGAGUGUAGAAACUUCAAGGCCUUAGACUAUGUAUGUAGGAGCUGUUAUAUUUCUCAAGUUGAUGGUAGAGUAGUCGCACGGU